AGCAGACGCGCUCAGCCGGCCUGCACACGUUGCCGCGAUUCAGAUCGAAGGGAUGAAUCCACUACUCAAGGGACUCUUCACACACGGGUACGCCAUCGACCCCGAAAUUCCCUUGACAGAAAAGCGACAUCUGCUACAGUGGGACAGUGACAUCGCGUACCGGAAGGGAUCCACAAAAAUCUGGGUACCCAAUUACCCUCCUUUGCGCCAGUUACUACUCGAAGAAUACCACGACGUCCUCUACGCCGGACACUUCGGUAGCAACAAGACGCUGACCGGUAUCGCCAAACACUACUACUGGCCCCAUAUGGCAGACGACGUCCAGAAAUUCGUCACCUCGUGUGAUACAUGUCAGCGGAUGAAGAGCAGCAAGCAGAAAAAGGCGGGACUACUGCAGCCUCUUCCUGUCCCAGAACAACCAUGGCAAGUGGUUAGCCUAGACUUCAUCACCGGGUUACCACCUACCUCCAGCGGUCAUGACGCCAUCCUUGUCGUCAUUGACAAGUUCUCCAAAAUGGGACACUUCAUCCCGACACACACGACGGCACGCACCGAGGAGACAGCACAGCUCUUCGUUCGUCACAUCAUCUCACAGCAUGGCAUCCCAACUACACUCAUCUCCGACCGAGACCCCAAGUUCACUAGCAAGUUCUGGAAGGAACUUAUGUCUCUGCUCGGCACCAAACUCGCCAUGUCAUCCGCAUACCAUCCGCAGACAGACGGUCAGACCGAGCGCCUCAACCAAAUUGUUGAGCAACUCCUCCGAGCAGCCUGCAAGGACGACAUCUCCAAAUGGGACUUGCACCUACCCGUCCUGGAGUUUGCCUACAACAACGCUACACACGCCGCUACGGGACAGACGCCGUUCUUCCUCUGCUACGGACGCCACCCACUCACACCACAGAAACCGACAACACCAGCAACAGUCCAACCUGCACACGACUUCAUCACAACCAUGCAUCAGCUUUGGGAUCGGACCCAUAAGCGCCUCCUUGACAUUCAACAGCAACAGAAGCGCCAGACCGAUCGCCAUCGCAACGACCACACCAUUUCCGUGGGAGACCAGGUUCUCCUUGACACCCGCAACCUGGACAUCAGCCAUCUCCCAUCUAAACUUCGACCUCGCUUCUGCGGGCCUUUUCUCGUUGAAGCACAGGUCACUCCUGUUACCUUCCGCUUACGCCUACCAGCUACCUGGAAGAUUCACAACGCCUUCCAUGUCCAACUUCUGAAGCCCUAUCGAGAUCCUAAUACGAUCUUCGUCGGACGCCAACCGCCGCCGCCGCCACCCGUCCUCGUCCAAAAUGAACCCGAGUACGAGGUCGAGUCCGUGCUUGCACACCGCCGUCGUCGGAAUGGCACCGUGGAGCUUCUUAUUCGUUGGAAGGGCUAUGAUCCUUCUGAGGACAGCUGGGUCUCUGAGACCGACAUGGGUAACGCCCGUCGUCCUCUGCAUGACUACCUUCCAGUGCGCCAGUGCGGGCGCCUUGCUGCACCCCCCUCCCCCCCCCCCCCCCCCCAACCCCCCCCUGCAACAUGCGAUGCUUCGCAAGAGAAAGAUGGUGCAAGCGAGCAAGAGAGAGAAAGAGAGAGAGAGAGAGAGAGAGAGAGAGAGAGAGAGAGAGAGAGAGAGAGAGAGAGAGAGAGAGAGAGAGAGAGAGAGAGAGAGAGAGAAAGUGAGAGAGAGAAAGAGAGAGAGAGGGAGAGAGAGAGAGAGAGAGAGAGAGAGAGAGAGAGAGAGAGAGAGAGAGAGAGAGAGAGAGAGAGAGAGAGAAAGUGGGAGAGAGGGCAAGAAAGAGAGAGAAAGAGAGAUAGAGGGAGAGAGAAGAGAGCGAGAGGGAGAGUGAGAGAGAGAGAGAGUGAGGGAGAGAGAGAGAGACUAUCACCCUCGAACGCGCCACCCACAGAACCUCACCCCUAGAACCCACUGCUCCCUACUGC